GGAAACCCAGCCCUCUGAAAUUAGCAUGAGCUUUCAAUAAAUACCCAGUACAUACUCUUAAAACUACAGUGUAGUUUAUCACGAACUAACAUGCCUGAACCAGCGAAGUCUGCUCCUAAGAAGGGCUCAAAGAAGGCCGUCACCAAGACCGCCGGCAAAGGAGGAAAGAAGCGCAAGAGGUCCAGGAAGGAGAGCUAUGCUAUCUACGUCUACAAAGUGUUGAAGCAGGUUCAUCCUGAUACUGGCAUCUCUUCUAAGGCGAUGGGAAUCAUGAAUUCUUUCGUCAACGACAUCUUCGAGCGCAUCGCCGGUGAAGCUUCUCGUCUCGCUCACUACAACAAGCGCUCCACCAUCACAUCCAGAGAGAUCCAGACCGCCGUGCGUUUGCUGCUGCCCGGUGAGCUGGCCAAACACGCCGUGUCUGAGGGCACAAAGGCUGUAACCAAGUACACCAGCUCUAAGUGAGGCGUAAUCUAGCUUCAGCUACCCCAACGGCUCUUUUAAGAGCCACCCAUAUUUUCAGUUAAAGAGCUUUCAGUUUUUGUUUUGGCGGGCGCCUCUAACAUUCUGGAUAAACAAAUUCUAAGUAUCAAUUCUAAGUGGCCUAAAUAUCAAUUC